UUCUGGUUCACGAUGAUACCGACCACAUUCUCAACAUGAAUUUUCGCACCUUCAUCCUGAUCCUAAUAUGCACUUCGACGGAGGGUGAAGAUUUUCCUAAGCGAAAUGUCGACCGUUUAAAAAACGAAGACGCAGUACAGGAAAGCGAACCUCCAGAGGGUUAUUACGCUUUUGUAGAAUCUCCCAAUGCCGAACCGCCAAAAGUGAGACCGCCGCCUUACAUGGACAGCGACGAAGAGUGCCAAGACCCCGGAAAACAGGGCAAAGGCUUCGUCUCAGUUCAUAACAUCUGCGGGGAUCUGAACAAAGGAUAUAUACCGCGAAAUCCGAUGCGACAAAACGUUCUCGGCUCUUCGUACCCCUUUGAGCUGUUGCGAAAUCACACCUUGAAGUUCUUGAGCAAAGCUUUACCGAUCCUAAAAGCUGACAACUCACUACCAAAAGUGGCAAAAGUAGAACCAUUCUCUCAAAAUUCUGUCGACACAGAUGAAAAACGUAGCAUAACUAAAAGAUCAACAACAAACACAGACGCGACCGCAGCCGCGAAGGCAGCAUCGGAAACCGUACCCGCAUUGACGGAAAAAGAUGCGACGAGAACUGGGAGAAAAUUCUGUGAAAGUGGCGGUGGCGUAGUCUGCAUGCUCUACAAGGCGAUUCAGGGCGAGCCUCUAGCUUCGGCAGCUGCAGAGCGCAGAGAUGAUCCUCCGACACCGGAAUAUCGUCAGAGAACACCGCCGCAAGAAACGCCAGCUGAAUACUCGGGCCCGCCGACUCCUUGUCCCGCAAAAGUCGAGUAUGCCACACCGGUAUUUGCCAAAAAUUAUCAAGGCGUUUGGCGUUACGUUGUGCAAAUACCAUACGAAGGAUACUUUACCCAGACGAUCGAAAUCACCAGAUGCAUGCAAUCCAGAUGCCACUACUUGGACGGCGGGUGUCUGUCAUCCCCUAGGUGGACUAGCUUGUUGGUGGCGGAAAUCUUUUAUCCUGACACCUUUUUGGAGGAAAAUCAAAACACCAGAUGGCCAGGUCCCAGAGAACCCGUUGCUGGAUCCCCGCCGCCGGUUCACGAUUUCCAGAAUUAUCAACAGUACUUGCAGAAACGCGCGGGCGAAAGUGAGGCCAGAAGCAGCAGUGGGUCUCAGUUCCAACAACAGCAACAACAGCAUUGCGAUGGCGUUGAUGAGAUGGGAUGCUUCCAGGUACGGCUGUACUACGACUGGUUCCUUGUACCAGGAAGUUGCAAGUGCUGGCGACCGGAUUAUUUCAACCGUUACGUUCGCCGGGGUAGUUCGAGUCCCGAUUUGUGAUGAGAGAAAAGAAAAACUUGUGUUUACUCACAAACACGUUAUGUAUAGUAUGACCUCAGAUACGAGCGCGAGAAACGAAUAGCAGGACAUUGAAGUAGUGUUUUAAAAUUUGAUUUACAAACGACUGACAUGAUCAUUAUAAGUAAGCAAAAAGAAAAAGUUUUCAAAAGAAUGUCCUACUAUAAACGGCAUACCGUAUGUAUGUACUAACCAGGUCUAACCCAGUCUGCACAUAUUAAACUAUUAGUUACGUUAGUGUUAAUAAUUAUUAUAGAACUAGAAUGUAUAAGGCUAGAACCGCUAAGUCCAAAUCUCAGACCGUUAACAUUCGUUUUUUUAGAUACGUAUACCAGCGAACUCAGUAUUGAAUUCUAAAUAUUGUAACGUAAGACAAAAACUAUCCUGAAUAUUAUUCGAAUAAUGUGCUCACUGGAUACAUUAUCAUUUUAUUUAUUGUAUGUAUUUGAAGAUGAUCAAAACGUAUAUGUACAACGUAAUUUACUUUCUUCUAUCUAUACAGUUAUACCACUUAAAUGUUGCGCCUUGAGAAUAAUACUGUAAUAUUUACAUUGAU